AUGGGGCCCGAGGACGGGACCAAGUGCUGGUGCUGUGGCCUGGAGCCCAGCCGCUGUGCAGCGGGCGGCCACCCCACUUGGGGGCACCACCGACCCCACUCUCCGUGCGGCCACCUUCGGGGCCAGUGCCCCGACAGGGCCCUGUCCUGGGGAGGCCGGGACCACAUGGACGGGCAGAUCCUGGGCCAGCUGCGCCCCCUGGCAGAGGAGGAGGAGGAGGAGGAUGGGGCCGGGGACGCCCCGUCCGCGAGGCCCGCCUUCCCGGGGAUGGGCUCUGAGGAGCUGCGGCUGGCCUCCUUGCACGCCUGGCCGCCGAGCGCCGUGGUGCCGCCGGAGCUGCUGGCCGCCGCUGGCUUCUUCCACACCGGCCAGCAGGACAAGGUGAGGUGCUUCUUCUGCUACGGGGGUCUGCAGAGCUGGGAGCAAGGCGACGACCCCUGGACCGAGCAUGCCAGGUGGUUCCCCAGGUGUGAGUUCCUGCUCCGGACAAAAGGAAGGGACUUUGUCUGCAGGAUCCAGGAGUCUUGCUGCCGCGUGCCGGGCUCCUGGGACCGUUCAGAGGAACCAGAAGACGCAGGUCCCGCCACGCCCUCAGCUCCUGUCCCCCCAGGGCCCGAGCUGCCCACGCCCAGCAGAGAGGUCCAGGUGGAAGGCGCCAGGGAGGCAGGUGAGGGAGAGGACGGAGCCCGGGCCGAGAGGGUGCCGGUGGCUCUCGAGGCCCCCGGAGCCCGGGACGCGGAUGCGGAGGAGCAGCUGCAGCGCCUGCGGGAGGAGCGGACGUGCAGGGUGUGCUUGGACCGCACCGUGGCCGUCGUCUUCGUGCCCUGUGGCCACCUGGCCUGUGCCGAGUGUGCGCCCAGCCUGCAGCUGUGCCCCAUCUGCAGGGCCCCCAUCCGCAGCUGCGUGCGCACCUUCCUGUCCUAGGCCAGGAGCUGUGAGCACCGGCCCCACGUGGGGCCACCGA